AUGGAUAAUAAUGAUUUGCUACAAAUAGAUGAAGCAGAAGUAGAAACGAGUGACAAUACAUUAGACUUAACCAUUACUGAAUCAUUAUUUGGUGGUUCAUGUCAUAUAGAAGUAGUUGCAUAUGAAAUAUUUCCAGG